AUGAGUCAAGCAGCAGCGGAUGCUACUGAUAGGAAUGUGGAAAUAUGGAAAGUUAAAAAAUUGAUCAAAAGCUUGGAAGCUGCUAGGGGAAAUGGAACUUCUAUGAUAUCUCUAAUCAUUCCACCCAAGGAUCAAGUUUCACGUAUAGCUAAAAUGUUGGCAGACGAAUACGGUACGGCUUCCAACAUCAAGUCUCGUGUCAAUCGUUUAUCUGUGUUGGCUGCGAUUACUUCAACACAACAGAGAUUAAAAUUAUACACCAAAGUUCCAACCAAUGGUCUCGUAGUUUAUUGCGGCACAAUUGUUACUGAAGAAGGAAAGGAGAAAAAAGUUAACAUUGAUUUCGAACCUUUUAAGCCCAUUAAUACUUCCUUGUAUCUGUGUGAUAACAAGUUUCAUACUGAAGCUUUGUCAGAGUUGCUUGAAUCUGAUAACAAAUUCGGAUUUAUUAUUAUGGACGGUAAUGGAGCCUUAUUCGGUACCUUAAGUGGUAACACUAGAGAAGUCAUUCAUAAAUUUGCUGUUGAAUUGCCAAAGAAACACGGCAGAGGUGGUCAAUCCGCUUUGCGUUUUGCACGUCUUCGUGAAGAAAAGCGACACAAUUAUGUUCGAAAGGUCGCUGAAUUGGCAGUCCAGUUUUUUGUUACCAAUGAUAAGGUUAAUGUCACCGGCCUUAUCCUUGCUGGUUCUGCUGACUUUAAGACGGAACUAUCUCAAUCAGAUAUGUUUGAUAAUCGUCUCCAAACCAAGGUUAUCAAAUUAGUUGACGUUUCUUAUGGAGGAGAAAAUGGUUUUAACCAGGCUAUUGAACUUGCUGCCGAGAGUUUGGCUAAUGUCAAAUUCAUUCAAGAAAAGAAACUCAUUCAGAAAUAUUUUGACGAGAUCUCUCAAGACACUGGAAAAUAUUGUUUUGGUGUUGAUGAUACCUUAAAAGGUUUGGAGUUGGGUGCUGUUGAAACUCUCAUCGUUUGGGAAAAUUUGGAUGUUACUCGUUUUACUUUGAAGAAUUCUUCUGGCAUCGAGAUCAUUGUUCACGUGACUAAAGAGCAAGAAAAAGAUCGGAGCCAUUUCAUUGAUAAAGAAACCAAUUUGGAAAUGGAAGUUGCUGACAGGAUACCACUUUUGGAGUGGUUCGCAGACCAUUACAAGGAUUUUGGUGCCAAUUUAGAAUUUGUUACCAAUCGAUCUCAAGAAGGUUCUCAAUUCGUCAAGGGAUUUGGUGGCAUUGGCGGUUUGCUUCGUUAUAAGGUCGAUUUCGACACAUUAAAUUAUGACAGUGAAGAAGACGGUUUCCUUUCUGCCAGAACAUUGCUAUGGUUAGGUAAACUCCAAAACCCUUCAGGAAGCGAGAAGCCCAGGCCUGGAAAUGGUUUUCCUGACACGUUACCGCCGACCCCCUUCUGUCAGGCCGUACUUGAAGCCCAACAGAGUUGGCUCACACAACAAAAGUUGGCUACCCUAACAAAGUUGGCUAAACCUCCAAGUCGAGCUCUAGCUGCUAUUACGUUCGUUCGUCACUUGGUCUAA